CUGCAGCUGCUGAGGCUGAGGCUGCACCUGCUGCGAAAGAGGAGGAAGAGGAGGAGUCUGAGGGUGACAUGGGCUUUGGUCUCUUCGACUAGAUGUUACGCUACCUGCACACUGCCAUGCUAUGUACCAUCUUACGCUUGCAAUGCGACAUCGCCCACGCUCGCAUUACUGUAUUGCCUAAUGCAUUGCUUUCAGCUUCCUUCCGGUGCUUGAAUGGCGAAGGAAGUCUCUUUGAAUUUCUAUUUGAUUCCUCGGUAUCAUGGUUCUUGCAUCCGCUUGAUGGAGCGCUAGUAAAUCGACACCACCGAUCUGCCUGACCCACACUGGCUUCGAUGUGGCUUAUUAACCCUGGGAACGGCCCCACGAAGUCGCUGCGGGUUCAAUACCGUCCAGCUAAUAUAAGACACCCCGGCGUGAAGGGUGCCC